AUGCAACUCUUGUCUUAACAAAGCAAAGAAUUAGCAGAAAAAAAUUUUAGAGGUCCAAAAGUUAAAUUAGAUGAGCAAAGACUCUCAAUUGUACCAUAAAGACAACAUUCUGUUGAUAUUUACAAGAAUUCAAUAUACCUUUAAUCAAAUGAUUAUGUUGAAGUGGCUUAGACUCCAAAUGCAAUUAAUACAGCUAGAAAUAACAGAGUUACUAGAAGGAUGGUAUUAUUGAAUAUUGAUUAGAGUUAACUCGACGUAAAAAGGAAGAAGUUAAUUAAAAAUUAGUAGACAAUUAAGUUUUUAAAACAUUAGCUAAAGAUAGACUAGUAAAACAGUUUAAAAGACAUCUAUUUCUUAAGUCAUAUGUAAUGAGCCAAGAAUAUAAAGGAAUCAUCUAGAGUCAUUUCAAAUACGAAUAAAAUAGCUCAAAACGAGUAGAAUGUAUAAUUAUGAUUUAUGAAUAGUUAAUUCAUAAACAUAAGACAAAUAGAUAUUUUUAAUACCUGGAAGCAAAGUUACAUUAAUAUUGGAUUUAUUGUCUUUGAUGAUUAAGAUACUAUGCUUAUGGAUGUCUCCACUAAUAGUAUCAUUUUAGUUAAAUGACAAUAUAUUCAAAUGGUUUUAAAUUGGAAUAAUGUCUCAGAUUAUAAUAGAGGUCUUAAUUUAAACUAACCGACCUAUUAAUAUUUAAGGUGAGACAAUAAUAGAUUAGAGAAGAAUAUUAACAAAUUAUUUUCAAUAUUUUUUCGUUGAAGACGUAAUUGAUUUAGGUUGUUGGAUUAUAUAGUAUUUAAAUCUAAAUGAUCUUACGAAUAGUUUAGUUUGUAGUGUAAUAAUUUUGGUUUCUGUUAAGAAAUUAAUGAAAAACUACUCAAAUUGUAUUGAAACAAUGUACUUGAAAGGAAACUUCAAUUAUGCAAUCGAUCUUUUUACAUUAAUAAUAACAAUACUAACAUUUGUUCAUUUGAUGGGAUGUAUAAUGUAUUAUGUCGGUUAUUUAACCAUGUUUACUGGUCAAUCUUGGUUAUUGAAGUAUUAGAUAGCAGAUUCUAUUUUUUGGAUUUAAUACAAUUAUUCAAUUUAUUGGGCUAUCACAACAAUGGUUACUGUAGGUUAUGGAGAUAUUACAGCAACUAAUUAAUUUGAAAUGGUAUUUGUAAAUUUCAUGAUGUUGUUAAGUAGUGGAAUGUUUGCAUAUUCUAUUAAUAGUAUAGGAAUGAUUUUGAAGAACAAUUAUGAUAUUCAAUAAAAGUUUAAGUAAGAAUUUUAAUCUAAUUAUUUAGACGAAGUCUUAUUCUAAUAAACAAUUAUAUGAAGAAAGGAUAAUUGACUUAAGCUGUUUAAAAUAGAGUGAGAAAUUAUGUUAAACACUAUUUAUAAACAGAAUAUAAUGAAAAUUCUGAUGAAGUAAAAUAAAUAAUAACUCAUUUACCUACAAAAUUAAGGUAAGAGUUGACUUUUAAUAUUCAGAUGUGUAUUAUGUCUAAAAUAUCUGUAUUAAAUAAUAAUUUUUCAACACACAUACUAAAUUAAUUAUCGUAAAAGAUUGAAUAAAUUAAAUGUAUUCCUGAUGAAAUUAUUUACAACAACAGUGAUUAAGAAGAUUAAUAUUUGUAUAUUCUAUAUAUCUUUAUUUAUAGAUACUUCCUAUAAGAUGGAGAAGUCUUUUUGUGUGAAGAUAGAAGUAAUAAAUUAUUGUAACUAAUCAAAACUGGGGAUACUUUUGGAGAAUAUUAAUUCUUUACUGGGUUUCCUACUAAAACAUAAGCUAUAAGUCAUGGCCAUUCAACUUUAUAUAGAAUUCAUAGAAAUUCCUUAAUUAAAUUAUUUACUAAUAUUAGUAAUAAAGAUUCUUAAAGAUUUCAUAAUAUUAAAGAUAAUAUUAUCUUUCUAAAUAAUUAUUAAGUAGUUCUUAAGAAAUGUAAUUUUUGUAAUUUGUAUAAUCAUGCCAAUAUUGAAUGUCCUUUGAUUACUUAUUAACCUAACAAAUUUAAAAUUGUAAUGAAACCAGAUAAAAAUGUUAAUCAAGUAUUACCAAGAAGGAAGUAUAAAAGAGAAGGAGAGAAAAUUAAUUCAUUAUUAAUUAAAAAUAAAGUUAUUGAAUCAGUUUAAGAAUAUAUGUAAACAAAUUCUAUGACUUAACUAUAUGAGAUUUAAAAUGUGGCUAUGAAUUAAUAAUAGACAAAUUAAUAAUUAAAUUCUUAAUAAAUAUAAUCUGAACAUAGUAAAUUAAUUUUAGAUAUCAAAUAACCAACAAGAGAUGAAUUUAAUUUCGAGAAGUAGAGUUCAAUCUAAUAAAAGAUAAUAUCUAAAAGGACUCCUAAAACCUCUUUAUCAAGUACACAAAGUUUACUUAAGAGAAAAACAUCAAGAAGUCUUACAAAUAUGAAAAAGGAUUCUAAUAAAUAAUAAUCUUAAAGUUCAGUUCCAAAAUUUAUAAUGGGGAAAUAAAAUUCAAUUUACUAAUAAUAGUCAUCACAAUUCUUAACUAUUGAUGAACUUGAAGAAGAUUAAGAAGAGAAUUCGUAAAAAAAUGGAUAUCAAACAAAUUUUAGACAGUUAGAUUAUCUUUAUGCAAAUCCAUAAUAAAUAAAUUUUUGUUUAGAUUAAUAUUACAAUUAUUAAGGAUAUAUGUAAAAUCAUAAUCAAUUUUAUGUGAUUAAGAAGUUAGAUAAGAAUAAUAUAAGAAAUUCAAGAAUUUGGAAUUCAUAAAAAAUAUAAAAUAAAAGUUAAGAAGGAUGUAUUUUUGGAUCAAUGGAAUACUCAAUAAUAAUGGGGAAAUGA